AUGGAGGAAUUGAAUGGAACCGAUCUUCCAGUUAUCGAUCUCUCUCUCUUUUCCUCAAAAAAUGUUGAUCAAAACCAGCUGGAAAGCCAUGAGUUUAAUAAGCUCAGGCAGGCUUGUCAGGAGUUGGGUUUCUUCCUGGUGAUCAACCAUGGAGUUGAUGCAACUCUCAUCCAAUCAGUUGAGUGCAGGAUCAGAGAUAUGUUUGCACUGCCUGCUGAAAUCAAGAAUAGAGCUAUUUUCCCCAUUUUCAACACUGGGUAUGGCCCAUCUGUAGUAGAUGAUGUGGCAAAAGACUCCAUACCUGAGAACAUGAGCUUUCCAUGGGAUCACCUGCUGCCCAAUUCAGUUGAAAAAAUCUCUGCAAAACUAUGGCCACAAGGAAACCCUGCAUUCUGCGAGGAGUUGAAUGCAUAUGGAGCUCAAAUAAAGGAGCUUUCUCAUAGGAUUCUGAAGCUUCUUGUUUGGAGCCUGGGUGUGGAUGUAUCCAGCCAGUCUGCAUCAGAACUGUUUGAGAAAUCCUUUGGAAAUGUUCGGAUGAAUUACUAUGAUAAGUGCACUGACAAGGAGAUGAUCUCCAAAGCUCACACAGACGUGAGUUUUUUCACAAUACUGUAUCAAGAUGACAUUGGAGGUCUCCAGAUCCGAACUAAGCAAGGAAAAUGGAUGGAUAGUAAGCCUUUGCCUGGAUCUUUUGUUAUUAACGUCGGUGACAUUUUACAGAUAGCCCUCUUUAGAGAAGAGUUUUUUUUAAACAUAAAUAAAUCUUUAUCAAAUCAAAGCAUAGAAUGGCUGAGGGGUUCAGCAGAAGCGUUGCGGCCGCUGUCUCCCACUAUAAUGUGGAGUAAUGGGAGAAAUCGCAGCGCUGAACAUCGUGUAGUGUAUGGAAGGUCAAAUAGAAACAGACUGUCAAUGGCUUAUUUUUUUGAUUUACCUGAUGAAUUUGAAAUCCGAUGUCCAAAAGAAAUGAUUGAUCAAGAGCAUCCACAACUAUACAAAGUAGUUACAAAGGGAGACACAGUGGCAUAUUUUAAAAAAGUAGGACCAAAUAUGGCUACUCCCCAACAUUUUAGAUUGCAAUAG